GCGGAGGCCGCGGCGCCGCCCUCCUGUCCUGAGGAGCCCGCGCUGCCCGGAGCCCGCACCGCCUACUCACCCGCACCGACGCCGAUCGACCUGACCCUACCCGGUCCGGUCCGGCCCGAUUGAGAGCAGCGCAAGCAGGCAGCAGUAGCCCCUCGGAGCACAGGACCCUCUCCCCGAGGACAUGAAGCUGCUGGAGAACUCCAGCUUCGAGGCCAUCAACUCGCAGCUGACUGUUGAGACAGGAGAUGCCCACAUCAUUGGCAGGAUAGAGAGCUAUUCGUGUAAGAUGGCAGGCGACGACAAGCACAUGUUCAAGCAGUUCUGCCAGGAAGGCCAGCCGCACGUGCUGGAGGCGCUGUCCCCGCCCCAGACCUCGGGCCUUAGCCCCAGCAGAUUGAGUAAGAGCCAGGGUGGCGAGGAUGAGGGCCCCCUCAGCGACAAGUGCAGCCGCAAGACCCUCUUCUACCUGAUUGCCACGCUCAACGAGUCCUUCCGGCCGGACUAUGAUUUCAGCACAGCCCGGAGCCACGAGUUCAGCCGGGAGCCUAGCCUCAGCUGGGUGGUGAAUGCGGUCAACUGCAGUCUGUUCUCGGCAGUCCGGGAGGACUUCAAGGCCCUGAAGCCGCAGCUGUGGAACGCCGUGGAUGAGGAGAUCUGCCUGGCGGAGUGCGACAUCUACAGCUACAACCCAGACUUGGACUCAGACCCCUUUGGGGAAGAUGGCAGCCUCUGGUCCUUCAACUAUUUCUUCUACAACAAGCGGCUGAAACGGAUUGUUUUCUUCAGCUGCCGCUCUAUCAGCGGAUCCACCUACACUCCCUCGGAGGCAGGCAACGAGCUGGACAUGGAGCUCGGAGAGGAAGAGGAGGAAGAGGAGGAAGAGAGUGGCGGUGGAGGCAGCGAGGGCGCCCCCGAGGAGACCAGCACCAUGGAAGAGGACAGGGUCCCGGUGAUUUGUAUGUGACGAGGAGGAGCAGAGGUCUUAGCUUCACCCGGCUUCAAAUAGUGCCUGGACCUGCCCACCUGAGGAGCCCCAGGGCCUCCACAGCUGCCGGCCAGACCCUGGCGCUGCCACAGCACCAGCGCCACUCCAGGCCACACCUGCCUAGCCCUUUGGCUCUAGCCCGUGGAUGUCCACCCACUCCCACAGGCUCCUGCUGCCCACACUGUGGCUGGACUGGACAGCACAGGGCCUGGUGGGAGGAGCCACUGCCCUGCCCUAAGGAACUGACACAGGCAGGGGCAGCUGGAUCACAAGAGUUUAUUUUUGUAUUUUGUGCGGGGCUCAGGCCUGGGUCUGCACACUCCGGCCCAAAGGGCCGGAGACCCAGCAAGCGGUACCCAGGGGUCACCCGCCCACUUGUACCCCCCGCCUUGCCCAUCGGGCAGCGUGCACUGAGUGUCACUUUGCUGCAGCUGGUUUGUUUCCAAUAAAAGUUUCCGUGACUUA